UGGCGCGAGAGUCGUAAAUACGGCGCGGCAAUGGUGACCGGUAAACGGUGCAGUAUGUACGUACCUUCCCGCCGUGACACUUCACGAAUUGUAGAUUAUCAGACUUCAUCAAAUUGUUUGCAAUAAAUUUAGUAUGCAAUUUGAACAUUAAUUUUUUUUUUUUUUUUACGUAAUAUUGAUUGUCCGCGAACUACGUCAUUACCGUUCUGACAGAUUGACAAUUUGUGUUUCAUAACUUGAAAACGGAACUGUGUCUAAAACUAUUAGAAGUCAUUAUGGCACCAAAAAGAAAAACUCGCAGUAAAAUCAUGACAAAGAAAAGAGUACCAAAAUCUCAUAUAUCUCAACCCUCUGAUAUAGAAACACCAUCACCAUCAACAAUUAGGCAAAAUAAUCCAGCUAUUGAAGAAAUUACAUUAACUAGACUCAAAUCUUUAAAUAUAAAAAAAAAUCCAACAUAUAUAUCUCUGAAAAAUUUAGUUAAAUCCCGCGAAGAUAAUUCUCAAUAUAUGUUGACAGAUGAUGAAUUAGAUCAAACUCAAUGGUUUCUUGAAAGUAUGUUAAGCUCUAUAAUGUUUCGCAAAAUAUCAAUUCAAAAUGAACUAGCAUCAUUAAAAUCAAUACAGUCAACUAGUUCUCAAGGUCCGUCUACAAAUAAUCCUUGUCCAUCUGCUAUCAGACCAAAACCGGUUGCAAAAAUACCACUUUUAAAUGAAUAUAUUCAAAAUAAAUCCAUUAAAAAAUCAAGAAAAACAAAAGAAAAAUCUGAACCAGAAAACAAAUUUUGGUCCACGGUUAAACCAUAUUUAGCACAUGUGGAUAAAAAAAAUCUUCUUUGGUUAGAAAAAAUGGUUUUAUCUUACGAGCUCAGUGAUGAUAUAUUCAAAGUACCCGCUUUAGGUGAACAUUAUUCAAAAAAUUGGACACAAAAAGAUUUGAAAAAUCAAAAGAACCAGCCGUCAUGUUCUCAGACAGUUACAAAGAAUAAACUAUCUACGCCAGUAAUGCCUAAUGUAGUAGAAUUAGUGAAUAAAAUUAAUCUUAUUGCACAAAAUAAUGAUGAUUUUCGACCAAUAUAUCAAAGAGUUACCUCAGCUCUUUUAGAACAUUCAAGCUUGACAUUUAAAGACUUUGAAGAAAAACUAGUAGAUGGAAAAAAUAAUGAAGACGAAUUAGAUCAAAUGAGUAAUUCUUGUAAAAAAUUUAAUGAAGAACAAAAUGUUGAAAAACAAUUUCAGGAAUUAGGAUUAAAGGAUUGUCAUUCUAAACUAGUGCCACCAACUAUAAAAUCACCACCUUCUUACACUAAAUCUGAUGAAGAUGAUGAUGAAAUUUUAGAUGAAAUAAACAAAUGUAAUAUAGCAUUAGCUGAGCUACAAAAUAUCAACAAAAAUCACUUAACUAGCUUACUGAAUAGAUGUCGUGAAGACUAUUUUCAACAAAAAACAUAUAAAAAAAUGAAAAAAGUGGAAAAUGAAAUUUUGAACUAUAAAAGACAACCAAAUAAAUUAUUAUCAAAUGAUGAAAAAAUUGCUCAAUAUUCCAAAGAAAAUUAUGAGAUGAAAUUAUUAACUGACAAGCGCAACAAAUACCUAACACAGUUGCAUUUAAAAAAAGUUGAUCCUGAUAAGUAUUUAAGUAAUUUUUUUUCGGAUGAAUCAGAAUUAAGUGAUGAAGAAACUAACCAAUUUCAAGAACAUUUUGAAGUGCCCACAUUUAAAAAUGUAAUGGAUAUUCAUCACACUUUGGAAACAGAUGAGGAAUCAGAGUAUAAGACUGAAUAAAAUGUUGGAAUAUUAAAGUAUAGUACAACCUAUUAAUCUUAAUUAUUUUAAUUCACAAUACCUUACUCUUUAGUGAAUAUUUUAAAACAAAUUUUAA